AUGGUUAAUAUAUCAAAUAGUGACGAACAUAAAACUUUUAAUAACAACACGACCAAUAAAUCAGGUACUAUAAGAUUUAUACCAGGUUUUAAUAGUAUUAGUAAGGCUACCCCUACUGUAUCCAUUGCCUUAAAUAAUAGUAGAGGAACAACAGAUUUGUCCAUAACAGCUCCAUCUGAUAUCAUAAAUAACAAUUCAAUUUCUUCAACAUCUUCACAUCGUUUGUUGCCUGAAUCGACUAAAUCAUACUCAUCUUUAAGAGAUAUUGAAAUUUCUUUUGAUGAAUCUUUAUCUUCAAGAGUGCCAAAUAAGACUUCCAAUGGGAAUAUCAAUGAAGUAGCACCAAUUGAGUUUACAACCUCAAAUUCUAUUUCACAAAAUGAGCACAAUUCCUAUCAAGAAAUAUUAACUGACCUCUUAUCAGAAAGUUUUUACUCUUAUACACCAUCUGUAUGCGGAAUGGGAAGAUGUGGCCCAUCAGUGGUCAGUAAUGAAUUACCCAAUAUAUUUAAUAAAUCUGAGACGUUGCUUUCAGUUAACAAACAGAGAUUAACCAGGUUUAAUAAAAACUUUUUUAUUAUAUCUGAUGCUGGAAAGCCAAUUUUUACGAUGCACAGAGAUGACAAAAAGAUAAUUCCAUUAGCAGGAAUUAUCAACACUAUAGUCAAUUAUUUCCAAGUUAACCAACAAGCCGAGAUUAAAACGAUACACUUUCGAAAUACAGGUCAAAAAUUUGUCUUUUUAAAUAAAGAACACAUUAUUAUUAUGAUACACUCUAAUCUAGGAGAGUCAUUUAAGAUAUUACAGGAUCAAUGUUAUUUUUUAUAUUCAUAUUUGAUAUCUACAUUAACUUCAAAAAGCUUGGAAAGACUGUUUAGGAAUAGGUCUAAUUUUGAUUUAGGAACCUUUUUAGCUCAGAGUGAUAUAGAAAAUCUAAACUCAAUAUGUCAUUUAUUAUCCAACAAUUUUUAUCCAGAUAUUUUUUUGAAUGCUUUACAGAGCAAUCCAAUAGAAAAGAGAAUUAGGAAUAAGAUUCAUAAAGAAAUAUUACAAGAAUUGCAUGAGAACCGUGAUAUUAUACCUAGAGGAACAUUGUUAUAUGGAUUCUUAUUAAUUGGUGAAGAUACUAAGAUGGCAGCGGUUAUACGACCUCAAGGACAUACAUUAUAUACACAUGAUAUACAAUUAUUAUUUUGUCUAGUUAGACGUCAUCUUCAUCUUAAUACCAUGGACCGUGAGUUGUGGAUACCGAUAUGUUUUCCAAAAUUUAAUUCUUCUGGAUUUCUUUACAGCUAUAUUAAAACUUUAUCAUUAAAAAAUAAGAGCGUAAUGGUACUUCUUAGUGCCCAAAAAGAUGCAUUUUUUAAACUGAAAUUAUUUGGAGACAGACUUCUGACUAGGUUGGGGAAAGAUUCACACAUUGCCAAAAUAAUUAUUUCCGAUAACCCAUGUACAGGAUUUAGUAUUAAGGAUAUUCCAGCUCCUCUAAUCCAUCAUUUUAUAUUUAAAUCAACAAAAAAUGCACAAUAUAUUAUGCCAAUUAUGGAAUACAACAUAAAGUAUCAAGAUGUUAUUGAAAAUACCGUUUCUUGUAAUGAUGAAAGUGAAAAUAAUCAAAAAUACCUUGGCAAUCAACAAAAAGAUGAUAUUCAUUUUAUGGAAGAUGGCAUAGAUUUACUAAAUUAUCAAAUAAAACUACAAAGAUAUUAUAUGGAAUUACAUAAUUCAGUUACGUCAGAGGAUGGGUCUAAAUUGCAAAGUCGAUCAGUAAUCAACUUUAUUCAGUGGGACGGGAUAACGUCAAAGAAUAUAUCCUCGUAUGGCGAUAUUGACAAUCUACAAUCAGUAAAUAAUAGAAGAAUUCAUAUAAUGGGAAUGGUAUGGUGUACUCCACAUUUUGAAUUAUAUCUCAUUUCUAAUAAUGGCGUUAGUGAUAAAGGUGCUAUUUCUUCCAGUGCUAAAAACAUUUUACGUUGGUGCCAAAAACAUGAGCAACGUUUGUUUAUUCAAAAUGGUGCAAUCUUUUAA